AAUGCCUAUAUGUUGGCCGCCUCGCUUGGGAAAUCCGAUGAAAUGUGUGACCCAAACGGAGACACCUUCGCCGGGAUCAACUCUUGUGCGAGAUGUAUUGACGAAAAUAAACAAGACUCAAAUCAAAGAUUACCUGAUGAGCUUCGAAAAAUUACGUCCAUUUGUGCCGGGGGGUUGGUAUUUACCACCGACACAUUUCUCAUGCCAGAUGGCAAGACCUCCACCAUAAUACAUCUCGUUAACGUAUCUUCAACAUCUACCAUAUCUUGGACUACUGAGCAGUCAGCAUCUAGCACGUCUGCACCGGCGGCUGCAUCUUCGGCGGCAGCAAGUGGUCCACAGAGCAAUGCUUGGAUUGCUGGACCGGUGGUCGGAGGUGUUGCGGGACUAGGUAUUGCCAUAUUCGCUGCUCUAUGGUUCUGGCGACGACGAUCCCGACGCACUACUCCGGCCCCUGAAGAUGGGGAGCACUAUGACAAAGCCCAGCUUCAUUCCGACUGUAUCCCAAAGCCGGUGCUUGAGGCAGCAGACGGAGCGAUCCAUGAGAUGCAAGGGUCAUCACCACAGAAAGUCGCCGCCGAAAAAGCUGCAAAUGAACCCCCUUGCUAUGAGCUGCCAGCAGGCGACACGAAGCCACAGUCCAACGAUCCGUCGCAUACCGCUCAUGGAGUUUAG